CCGCUCCUCUGUGCGCAAGCGUGGCGAGGCAGGGGCGGACCAUCUUCGCCCCAUCUCCACGCUCCUCUGGCUCGCUCGCACUCUCCUUCUUCCUUCCUCGUCUCCCACCAGCGAACUUUAAGACAGUGUGGCACAAUUGGGCAAGCCUCUCCUUCUCCUUUCGUGGCCAGCGGCCGUUGCCUUUCCAGCAGCCAUCUCUGCCGGAGGGGAGAGCGAGAGCCAGGGACCCUCUGUGCCAAGGGAGCUCUGCUGCUGCUGCUGCUCCCCCUCCUCCCCACCACCAUCAUCUUCAUCAUCCUCAGUACCACCACUAUAUGACUCCUGCCUGUCCACCUCCUCCCACCCCUCAGAGUUGCGUCCUGUGCACCAGCCCAGUUCGGAUUAUAAACUAACCAAACCCAACACCUUUCCUUGUCUCCGGAGGCGCCGGUGAAUGUCUCGGCGAACCCAGCGGAUGGGGGGUCGCUCCUGACACCCAGAUGGCUGGCUGAUGUUUUGCAGAAAGAGCUCGGCAGAAGGAAUGCCGAAGAGAAGCUGAAUGUCUGGGAACCCUGAGAACUCUGACACUAAGAUGUCGCUGGGAAGAACUUGAAUAAGUUGCAGUCUGGCUGGGCCUCAAAAGCUUGGAGUGGCCUUUCAGAUAUUUUCCAGGAAGGGAGGUGCAUAUUUCAAGAGGUCUUGAACUUCUGGGAAAUGAGCCUGGAGGAAAGGGGAAGGGCCUGACGGCCGCCACCCCUGGUAUAAAGCAGUCCCUGAGGGAUACGGCAAAACUGAUGGGGAACCUGAGGCACAGAGAGUCUCAUAAUCUUGCCCAAAGUUUCCCACUAGCCCAACUGGAAGGAGAAAUCAGGAGUCCUGCAGCUGCUCGACACCACUGCAUUGCAUAGUGUGCAAGGAGGGACAAAAAAAAUGGGAUUGUAGAUUCCCAGCCCAUGGAGGUGAUGCUGUCUUGGUUUGGGAAGGAAAGGACUGUGGCUGAUAGCAGUUGCAAUGAGAGCAAAAGCCACAAGACGAUUCUUCAUCUGCUGAUAAAAAUGAUCAACAAGUCUCGAUGGAAGAUACUUGGAGUAUUGGCUAUAUUUUUGGUGAUGGUGUGGUAUACAAAAUCCCGGGAGGAAAGUUUUUAUUUCCCAGUACAAAAGAUGACUUGUCCUCUGGGAGAGGUGGAGAAGAAAGCUGCACAGCUCAUUGCAAAUUACACACGGGAACAUCCACUAUUUUUACAGCUAAAGGAUUACUUCUGGGUAAAGACCCCUUCACCCUACGAGCUGCCAUAUGGUACUAAAGGAAGCGAGGAAAUUCUCUUGCGAGUUCUGGCGAUCACAAGUUAUGCUCUGCCUGAAAGCUUACAAAGUUUGAAGUGCCGGAGAUGUGCAGUAGUAGGAAAUGGACACCGGCUCAGAAACAGCUCUAUGGGAGAAGCUAUUAACAAAUACGAUGUUGUGAUCAGAUUGAACAAUGCACCAGUUUAUGGUUAUGAGAGCGACGUGGGCUCCAAGACCACUAUGCGGCUCUUCUACCCGGAGUCAGCACAUUUCAACCCCCAAAGAGAAAACAAUCCAGACACGUUGCUGGUGCUGGUGCCAUUCAAACCCAUGGAUUUCCAGUGGAUGGAAACAAUAUUGCAUGACAAGAAAAGGGUUCGGAAGGGCUUUUGGAAACAGCCUCCCUUAAUUUGGGAUGCGAAUCCUGAGCAAGUGCGAAUCCUGAACCCGUAUUUUAUGGAAAUAACCGCUGCCAAAUUGCUUAAGCUUCCAAUGAAGCAGCUGAAGAAGUUAAAACAGAAACCAACCACAGGAUUAGUGGCUAUCACCUUAGCAUUGCACUUCUGUGACAUAGUUCAUAUUGCGGGCUUUGGAUACCCUGACUCCAAGAAGCAGACCAUUCACUACUACGAGCAAGUCACAUUGAAGUCGAUGACUGGUUCAGAACACAAUAUAUCACACGAGGCAUUAGCAAUAAAAAAGAUGCUUGAACUGGGUGUCAUCAAGAACCUCACCUACUUCUGAUGGAAAAUGGACUGCUGUUUUGAGGGUUUUUUUCUGAGCCAGCUGCUGGUCCAACACAGCUGCCCAUGGCAGGCUGUCCCUUGCCCCCCCAACAUUGACUGGUGUGGAGACCCUGCAGCUUCACUCAAAACACUGGGGUGGAAGUGUAUGACCCCUAGAUGUAUUGGCAGCAAGGGAUGGAGAUGGUCUGGGAAGUGGUUGGUUGAUGGCAGCAGCUGGAAGCCGGGUGGAUGCUGCCUUCUACAGAGUCCUCUUUGCACGGACUGUUGCAGGAUUUUCUCUGCAUCAAGUUGAGACUUUUAGAAACAGAAGUUCCCGAAAUCUUCACUCGUGGCAGAGAAGAGCCUUUGGGAGGCCAAUGACUGAGUUGCCUGUGGGCCUCAAGGGUGGCACAAGUGACAUUCCCAUGGGGGGGUGGUCAAAUUAUCACCCCUGUGGCACCUUGAAAUCUUAAUCACUUUUGCCUUCUGACUCUGGGAAGUGCAGUGGCAGCUGCUGUUUCUGUUGAAACGAUGUUAGGUGUCACCGGACGGAGCAGGGGGGCAAUUGAAUGAAGGAUUAUUAGCUGCCUGCCAUAUUUAAUGUUUCUGUUUGAAUGAGACAAAAGUAUACUGGUUCAAGUCCUCCGUGCAGUGAAGGAGUUUGGAAUACCCAGGAGACAGCUGUUAGGGAUGGUGGGAGUUGAUAAUGUUGAUUUCUCUCUCUCAUCCAGUUCUUAUUUUUUGGAGUCUGUGACAUAAGGGGAGGAUACCCUACAGUAUUUGAUAAGUGGUUUUUUUUACUUAAAGGUGCCGAGCUGAACAUGGGUGUUUCUGGGCACUUCGCUGGAAGUAAAUCCUCCUUCUGUGAAGGGUGUGUGUGUGUUUCUGUGUGUGAGAGAGAGAAUGAGAGUAUGUCCGUCCAGUAUACGAAGUCUGUUCUUAAAUAUAAGCUGUAGGCUUUUUUCCCCUCUAGCAUUUGGGAGUUACUUCCCAUCAGACAUAAGACUCCAGUACAAAGGAAAUGGCAUAACCAAAGCUGAAUGUUGAAGGAAAGAAGGAGAGGGGGAGGGGGGAGAUAGUUGGGAAUUGUGUAUCCGUUUUGUAGGGGGGGGGGGGAGGAAAAAAUGUUUUAUUAUUCCUUGCUCACAAAACCUAAAUUCUGCACUACGCCUUUGUCUUUUCUAGUAGCAGGAUGAGUGUUCUGGUCAUUUAGGACGAAGGCUCUUCUUGUGCGCCUAAAAAUGGGGCAAAUUUUGAAGUAAGCUGCCAGUUUAAGUAGGCAGAGAAUUAGGGGGAGUGGUCCAGACAUUUCAGAAAUGGGCCUCGGGUCAAAUGUUCUAGUUGCCUGACAAGUGCUUGGAAGAGACUCUCUUCCAAAUAUUGUUUGGGGCUAGUUGUGCAAGAAUCAAUACUUUAAACCCCCCUUCUUUUAAUUUCAGCUUUGAGAUCAAAGUAUAUCUCUUAAAUUUGCUUACUGCUGGUUAAAGGGUCUGAAUUGAUUGCUGCACAGUUUGGAACCUUGUAUUUCAUCCAUGAGGGGAAGAAGACAAAGGGAGGAAGGUGACAAUAUAAUUUCCCUGUCCACCACCUGCCACACCUUGUGUGCACAACCACCGUGCCUUAGCUGUGAUUGCAAGUGCCCAACUUUGAAGGGCCUGCUGGGAAUGUAACCUCCUUAUGGCUUAGGCCACCACACCUAUUGCCAAGAAGGCAACUGACUGAAUUGAGUUGCUCAUGUUAUGUCCCUUUGAGAAUGCACAUAGAGCUUCAACUUGGGAACUGGUCUGUUGCAGAAAUCCAGACUGAUCCCCGGAAGAAAAAGAGUUCUUAAAUGUUGUUAUUUCAAAGGAGUUUGAAUGCUACAGAGAAUGUUGGAAGUAUCUUUCCUGGUUAAGCGAUUACUGCAGUUCAGUGUUAAGUAAUUUAAUAAAUUAAAUUUAAAAAUA